UUCGGACUUCCUGGAACGUUUCUAUUCGCCGGCAGAUUACGAGAACAAAAUUGAAAUUGCGGCCAAAAACGCCUCACGAGUUCGAUAGACCCUUCCUUAGUUCUGUGGUGGUUCUGGUAGCUGAUCAUUUGAUGAUAUGUCGGACCACCCGGAGCACCAGAUCACCCCAGAAACACCAGGGAGACCCUCAGUAAGGAAUCCAUUUGAUAGUCCCAAUGACUACCACGACCUCCACAAGCCCCUCGUUCCCAGUCCAUCCGUUUUCAAGUUAUCACAAGCUGCUCCCUCUGGGUUCAAUUGGUCAAUCGAGGAUAUGGCUAGUCUUCUUCCAGUGCACAUAGAUCAAGAGGAGAUCCAGCGGCAGUCAUUUUAUCUCAGUCAGACAAGGAUGGACUCCGACAUUGAAGAAAAGCGUCAGAAAGCUAUUGAGCAGUUUUUUACCAAGGAAACAAUUGUGCCUUCGCCAUGGUCUACGUCAGACUCCCGGAGAACCCCUCACAUGUUAAAGACCUGGUCCCUCUCUCCGACGAUAGAGGAGCAAGAAAAAAAAUCCGUGGCCUGUCAGACGAGCCUCACGUUACCGGUGGCCUUUGAUUUGGAGAGACUUCUAGGAGACUAUUACCGCAACGAGGAAGCUGCGAGCGACGGCUCUCCGGAGAGCCUCAGCCAAUCGUCUUUGAGACGCAAACUUUUCCUGGAUGGCCAAACCAGCUACAGCGGGUCCGACAGCUCCAAUCCACCGAGCCCGGAGAGAAGUCAUUCUCGGCAAGAGAGGCCCUUGAUCCAUGCGGAAGAUUUUGUGGGGGAAGCUGCCAUGUUUUCCUCCCCUUUAUCGUGCGGUGUGGCCGCUCCAACGCCGUCCACAGGCCAGUUCUCAUCAAGUCCCAUCCAAACUAGCUGCUUGAGGGACUGCAGCAGCUUCAGCCCGCUCUUCCCCGAUCGUUCAUCGCCCGCCGAAAUGGCGUCUCCUACUGUUUCACCCAUCAAUGCUCACGCCCUGCGCACACCCACAGGCCCAGCCGAGUGGAAGCGACCAAGCAGUUUGACUCCCCACGGCCUCCCCUUGGACGCGAACAUCCCCUCACUCACCAUGAGUCCAGACGUGGAGGGCUGCUCUCCCAUCCGCAGCUGCUCUCACCAGCGUCACUCUCAGGCCAAUCACAGGCCCCGAUUCCGUACCUGCACCACCCCACCUCCCAUCGCCGCGAUCCUCAACCCUAAGCUUCCAGACUUCCAGGAGGCGGUGGACCUGCCGUGCGAACUCUUGAUGGAUUCUGAUGGAGUUUCCCCUCUGGCUCGAGUGAGCUUGGGCUUUAUGGACACGGUGAAGAUGGAGAACGAGCAAGAUUCAAGGAUAGAGGGGAAACUAGAAGAUGAGGAGGGAGACGAGGACCUCUCCAGGCGCCUGACCAGCUCUCGAAUGGGCAAUGUGUCGGCUACGGAAAGCUCUCAGAUGUGUUUCUCUCUUUUGACGGAACGCAGCAGCAUACGCUUUGAUUCCAGUAUGCAGGUGGACAGCGGGUAUCAAACAACCUCAACGGCAAUGGGCAGUCUGAUUGACGGCCUCGGCUCAGACUAUCACGGCAAAGAGUCCUUCGCCGCUUACCUCAACGAAGACACCUCGCACCUCACCAAAACUUCAAAUGUCAAGGUGUGGUAUCCUCAUCACUGAACUGUUUCACACAUCAAAAGGGACAACCACUUCUUGCAGCUUUUUUUUUAAUCAGUACAGUCAUUCUCCACAUUUUUAUUGGAGACAUCAAAAGAGGCGCUGGCAUAUCAAUGGAUAAGAAGAAGGAGGCUGCAAUUUUAUUACGUGCUGAUACAAUCAGGAAGACUGGAUGUUUUUGGAGGAAACUUUUUAGUCAAAUACAGAUGAAUUUUUUUUCUUAAGUAUGCCACUAAUGAUAAACUGAUUGACUUGCUUGGUCGUAAUUGAUUAUUUGUAAUGCUGCAUGUUUUUGCUUCCUGAAUUCCUGGACAAACAUUUAUGGCUGAACAACACUUCUUGUCACUUUACUGGAUAUGGCAAUCCGAUGUCUGUCAGUGACUUCUGAAUUCUGUGACGCAGUGCGAAUGACUGACUGAAAAGGUGUAUAAUGGAUGCCAUCAUGCUGUUUCCUGAGCAUUAUAAUAAAUCCUCAAGUACCAAGUC